GAUCACUUUGUCUCGUUCGUUCGUUCCCCACCCACUGACCCCCCGACCUGCUGGCCAGAUCAGAGACGAUGCUGUCGACCACCACCACGCUCAGCGUGCUCGCGCUCCUCCCCGUGCUCCUCGCCGGCCCCGUCUGUCUCCCCGCCUCGGGCAGCGGCGGCGCCGGCGUCGCGAUCCACCCGAACGGCAACAACGGUGUCUGUCUCGACGUUGCGGGCAACGUCCGGGCCAACGGCACGCCCGUGCAGGCGUGGAGCUGCAACGGCUCUGGCGCGCAGAAGUGGGUCAUCAACCCCGGCACUGGCGCCGUCAAGCUCGCCGGCACCAACUUCUGCCUCGACGCUGGUUCUUACCCCGGCAACGGCAUCAAGCUCAAGAUCUGGCAGUGCUACGACGGCCUCGCUGCCCAGACCUGGAACCUCAGCAACGACAACCGCAUCUCGACCCAGGGCCAGUGCAUUGACCUGACCGACGGACACACUUACAACGGCAACGUCCUCCAGACGUGGCAGUGUGCGGGCGGUAACACCAACCAGAUCUGGACCACCGACUGUGUGGCGGGUGGCAGCAACGGCGGCACUGGCGGCAACAGUGGCAACAACGCCAACUCUGGCAACAACGCCAACAGCGGUAACAUCGGCAACAACAACAACGCUUCCCCUCCCGCCAACAACAACCCUGCCCCUGCCCCUGCCCCUGCCCCUGCCAACAACGGCAACAAGGCCCCCCUGACCCCCAACGGCAUCAAGGCCGGUCUUGCCGGCGGCACCCCGUACGACAUCUUCACCCAGUACAACCUGAUCGGAUGGUGGUACGACUGGACCUGCCCUCUCCUGUGGCACAGCGGCAAGCCCGUCGCCGUGCCCAUGCUCUGGGGCGACGGCCACCGCGGCGGGCUGCAGUCCGACGGGCCGCGGUACGGCGACUGCCAGAACCUGUACCUUGGCAACUCGCCGUCCAAGGCCGCGCCGCCCUACUUCCUCGGCUUCAACGAGCCCGACUGCCCCGGAGGCGACAGCUCGGACCUGAGCCCCGAGCGCGCCGCCGCCGUGUGGAACCAGUACAUCGGCCCCCUGGCCGCCAAGGGCUCGCUGCUCGUCUCGCCCGCCCUGUGUCGCCAGGACGUCGAGACGUUCCUCACGCCGUUCAGCCAGAAGAUCAACGUCCCCUUCGACAUUGUCGCCGUGCACGUCUACCAGCCCGACCUGGCCUCGGUGCAGCGCGUCAUCAACCACUACCGCAAGUACGGCAAGCCGAUCUGGAUCACCGAGUUUGGCUGCGUCCUCGACCCCGCCAAUGGCUUCCAGUCCCCCUGGGACCAGGGCACCAUCAACAACUUCAUCUCCCAGGUCGUCCCCUGGUUCCAGUCCCAGCCCGACAUUUACGCCUACGCGUUCGUCGACGUCAACAACGGCUGGAAGAUGAACAACGGCGACGGCUCCCUCACCGCCACUGGCCAGCACUACCUCAACACUCUGCGCCAGGUUCAGGGCAAGUAAAGGUCGUGGCAUGUCACAGGCGUCGCGUCGUCGCCAACCCCAACCAAAAACAUGGGCGCUGGCGUCCGUUUUCUUUUUUUUUCGGGAUCCAAGCACUACAGCUUCGUAAACUAUUCACGUCUCCAAAUUAGUACUAUAGUGUAGUGCUAUCGCGAGUCUUACAAUGCAAUGCGGUC